CGCCCGCCUGAGCCGAGCCCCGCAGGUCCGCGUGGGAGCCCAGCUGCUGAGCCAUGCCGGGCCCCAGGCAGCCUGCAGUGAGUCCAAGCCCGGCACCCACAUAGUCAUGAACAACCACAGCCACAAUGGUUGUGGGGGGCGGCCGCUGGGAGGCGGACUGGGGGCCCUGACCCGAGACCCUCCGGACGCCGAGGCCAGCUGCCCCCUGCAGCCCCCACAUAGUUCAGGCCUCCAAGUCGUGGUGGCCAAGAACGAGCUGGGCGGGCUCUCACCCGGCAGCCCCCGAGGGCAUCCCCAGGACCAGGAGGAGGAGGAAGACGAUGAGGAGGAUGAGGUGGUUGGGCAGAGGGGCUCCAAGAGGCCCCCCAACGUGGGCCACCGCCUGGGCCACCGGCGGGUGCUCUUCGAGAAGCGGAAGCGCCUUAGUGACUACGCCCUCAUCUUUGGCAUGUUUGGCAUCGUUGUCAUGGUGACAGAAACGGAGCUGUCCUGGGGGGUCUACACGAAGGAGUCCCUGUACUCAUUUGCACUCAAAUGCCUCAUCAGCCUCUCCACAGUCAUCCUGCUGGGUCUGGUUAUCCUCUACCAUGCCCGGGAAAUCCAGGUCAGUGCCCAGCUGGGCUGGGGUACCCCCUCUCCCUCCACACCAGCCACCCGGAAGCCCCGCCCCCUAAACAUAAGAGGACCAGACGUGCUGCUGUCGGUGCCCAUGUUCCUGCGCCUCUACCUGCUGGGCCGUGUCAUGCUGCUGCACAGCAAGAUCUUCACGGACGCCUCGUCCCGCAGCAUCGGGGCGCUCAACAAGAUCACCUUCAACACGCGCUUCGUCAUGAAGACACUCAUGACCAUCUGCCCGGGCACCGUGCUGCUCGUCUUCAGCAUCUCCUCCUGGAUCAUCGCGGCCUGGACCGUGCGCGUCUGCGAGAGGUACCAUGAUAAACAGGAAGUGACCAGCAAUUUCCUGGGGGCCAUGUGGCUCAUCUCCAUCACCUUCCUCUCCAUUGGCUACGGAGACAUGGUGCCACACACCUACUGCGGGAAAGGCGUGUGCCUGCUCACCGGCAUCAUGGGGGCGGGCUGUACAGCGCUCGUGGUGGCCGUGGUGGCCCGGAAACUGGAGCUCACCAAGGCAGAGAAACAUGUGCACAACUUCAUGAUGGACACACAGCUCACCAAGCGGGUGAAAAAUGCCGCUGCUAACGUUCUCAGGGAGACGUGGCUCAUCUACAAACACACCAGGCUGGUGAAGAAGCCAGACUACGCCCGGGUUCGGAAACACCAGCGUAAGUUCCUCCAAGCCAUCCAUCAAGCUCAGAAGCUCCGGAGUGUGAAGAUCGAGCAGGGAAAGCUGAACGACCAGGCCAACACACUCGCAGAGCUGGCCAAGACGCAGAAUGCUAUGUACGACCUCAUGUCCGAGCUGCACGCCCAGCACGAGGACCUUGAGGCCCGCCUGGCUGCCCUCGAAAGCCGCCUGGAUGCGCUGGGCACCUCCCUGCAGGCCUUGCCUAGCCUCAUCACCCAAGCCAUACACCCACUUCCCCCGCCCCUGCCUCCCCAGCCUGGCGCCCCAGACCAGGCAGCCCAGAGCUCCCCCUGCCGGUGGCCACCCGUGGCCCCUUCAGACUGCGGGUGAUGGCCAUGCCCACCACCGGACCCCACAAUCUUGGCCAUUGUGUGGCCGCCACCUCCACACCAUCCAGGAAGGCCGGUCUAGUUGCGCCUCUUGGAGUCUAAGGAGCCAGAGCUGAAUUGGGCUGAGUGGCCAGGGGCCCGUCCCACCCAGACUGUCUGGACAGGGGUGGCUGCUGCCUGCUUUCUCCCUGAUUGGAGCUUGGGGAGCCCAGGGCUUCCUCUGGUUCCCUGGCCCCCUAACUCUCCCCAGGCCCCCGGUGGGCUCAGAACAGCAGGGAGAGGGGUCCUUGCCAGUUCUUAAUAAAGCAGGACCCACCCAGUGGCC